UGUGACGUUACGGGUCAACUCGCCCUGUGAUUGGAUGAUGGAGGACGUUCGACGUGUUCCGGGAUAAUAAAACGAGGCUUCGGUUCGGCGGAGUAACGGCGGAUAAACGACCGGGAGACGGUUGGUGCCUGUUGUUUGGCCUCCAGGGUGAAACGGAUCCCUGCCAGCCUGCAGGAGGAGAUGCCCUUUAUCCUCAGCUUGGAAACUACUUGACUCCCUGCUGGGUUCUGAGGGUAAAACACAAAAGCUCUUCACCGUGGAAGCAGAGUCGCUGAUGCGUGUCGACGCGGUGAGCGGAGGCGUGAGACCUGACGAAGCUUUCGGUUGUUGGGAGCGAGUUAAAACCUGACCGUUAUCUUCGUAAUCCUCUGAAGUGUAUUAGAGCGCUAAGUUUGUCCCUGGACAGACGCAUAUCAAGCAAAAAAAAGAGGUUCUGUCUCUCCUGGGGGGGUGGACACACACUCACCUGUCUGCUCACCAUGAUGCAAAUAUCUGAAUCGUACAACCAGAAGAACUCGCUGUUUAACGCCAUGACUCGCUUCAUCGUCGCAGUCAACGACAUGGACCAGACAGUGAUGGUGCCCAGCUUGCUGCGGGACAUUCCCCUGGACAACAGGGAGCUGAAGGCACCUCGGACCGUGACGAACAUUAACAGUACCGCAAAGACCGCCUACUUCCACAGAGACGGGGACAUGUACAGCUCCUACAUGCUGCUGAAGUCUAUCCGGAAUGACAUCGAGUGGGGAGUGGUGCCGGGUGAGGCGCCAUGGAAGGAGAACGUGGGUGAGACGGGCAUGACGGCGUUGCGGUCUUCAGUGGAGGAGGAGGAUCUGGAGAAGCAGUUUCACUUCCACCUGAACGGACUCCACACGGUUUUGUCAAAAUUGACCCUCAAGGCGAACACGCUUACGAACCGCUACAAGGAAGAGAUCGGCUGCACGAACUGACGCCAGGCUGCUAGCUUACCAGAUUAACGUUUGGAGCUUGCGCUGACUCGUGCUGUUAGCUUGCACCAGGCACAGCUUUGUUGGUGGGCUGAUGACCUCACUCUUCCAAAAAUCCUGGAAACCCCAUCAUCGUGACUUUGUUCCUCUGUGUUCUGCCUGGAUUGGAAAAAAAAAAAAAAUUAAGCAAACAUGUGCCCGCCCUGAC